UAAGUAAAAAGUGAGCUCCUCGGACGCACGACAACACACCAAGUGAAGUGGAAAGCGGCUCCUGUUCUGCUCCUCAUCCCGUACAAGGCGGUCCUGCAGGACUGAACCAAGGGGACGAAGACACGGUGAAGAAGACAAGGCUCCACUUUUGACUUUUUGACUUUUUGAGUUUUGACUUAACGUUCGCUUUUGUAGUAUUUUUUUUAAACUCUGUGUGCCACCUCAUAAGUAGCCGACUUUAACGUGUUUAUAGGCGGAAAGAAGCAAUUGUUUUGUUUACCGACUCGAAUACGAAGUUUAACUAAUGACGGCAGAGAUCCAGCAGCCCCCAGCACAGCCUCCUGCCCAGAGCAGCCCCAUGUCUGCCCCGGAGAAGCCGCACGGACAGACGGCGGUGAUGGAAACCGCCUCCUCCACCACGAAAACCAAGAAGACAAACGCAGGGAUCCGUCGGCCAGAGAAACCUCCGUAUUCAUACAUCGCUCUGAUAGUCAUGGCGAUCCAGAGCUCUCCGACCAAGCGGCUGACGCUCAGUGAGAUAUACCAGUUCCUGCAGAGCCGCUUCCCGUUCUUCAGGGGCUCGUACCAGGGAUGGAAGAACUCCGUGCGUCACAACUUGUCCCUGAACGAGUGCUUCAUCAAGCUGCCCAAGGGCCUCGGCCGGCCAGGGAAGGGCCACUACUGGACUAUCGACCCGGCCAGCGAGUUUAUGUUCGAGGAGGGCUCCUUCAGAAGGAGACCCAGGGGCUUCAGGCGCAAGUGCCAGGCGCUGAAGCCCAUGUACAGCAUGAUGAACGGCCUGGGAUUCAACCACAUCCCCGAGUCCUACAACUUCCAGGGAGGCGGCGGGGGCCUGUCCUGCCCGCCCAACACCCUGUCCCUGGACACCGGGAUCGGGAUGAUGAAUGGACACUUGGCAGGUAACAUGGAGGGGAUGGGUCUGUCCGGGCACUCCAUGUCACACUUGUCGACGAACAGUGGACAUUCCUACAUGGGAAGUUGUACGGGAUCCACCGGGAAUGACUAUUCCCACCACGACAACUCCGGCUCCCCUCUGCUCACCAGCGGGGGAGUCAUGGAGCCUCACCCCGUCUACUCGAGCUCGGCCUCGGCCUGGGCUCCGGCCCCCACGGCCUCGCUGAACAACGGGUCUUCUUACAUCAAGCAGCAGCCUCUGUCUCCCUGUAACCCCGGGGGCAACUCACUGCAGCCCAGCCUGCCCACCCACUCCCUAGAGCAGCCGUACCUGCACCAGAACGGGCACAGCACCACAGAUUUACAAGGUAUUCCUCGGUACCAUUCCCAGUCUCCCAGCAUGUGUGACCGAAAGGAGUUCGUCUUCUCCUUCAACGCCAUGGCGUCCUCGGCGAUGCACUCCCCGAGCAGCGGCUCCUACUACCACCACCAGCAGGUCUCCUACCAGGACAUCAAGCCGUGCGUCAUGUGAUGGGACGCGGACACGUCUGCGGACUCGAGCCACGCAGCCCGAGUGAACUGAAACUAGAACAAACGAGCAAAACAAAAAAACCCACAAAAAAAGAAAAACCACUGAGAGCCGCACAGAGGCAUGACGCCGCUGGGCCUGGAGACUGCGUCGAGUAGACCGGACUACUCCUCUGCGCUGUUUUACGCAGCGUAAAAGCCACGGAGACAGGCCAAUCACACAACAACCACAUAAUAAUAAUAUAUAAUAAUAAAGAAAGAAAAACGUCAUGUCAUCAACAUCAUCGACCAGCGGGGUGAAGCCUAGGCCGUGACACCCUGCUGCUGUUUGGUACUUAGUCCUGCAGAGCGGAUGACUACAGCCACCACUUCACACUUUCUUCUCUCCAUGUUUAUUCUUCUUGUUAAAAUAGGCCAAUGUAAAGAAAAAAAAAAGAAAAAAAAAGCACACUACUUUUCUCUGUCUGAAGUUUUUACUUUUAUUCUCUUUGACAAACUAGACUGAGGCUCUUUGAAUUCUCUUGCUCUUGAAUUUGAACUUUUAUGGACAUUACGCAUAUACUGUAGGUCCAUUUAUACUGUGUAAAAACGAUGAAGGCACUUUUUGAAUAGCCUAUAAGCGCGACUUUUUUUAUUUAUUCUGUAGGCCUACGUAUUUUUAAUUUCAGGCGAAUUGGCCAAGGAGGUAUAUGGUUUAUUGGCAAUAUUUGUCAGAACGCUUAUUUGUUUUGAAAAAUGAAAAUUGAGGAUAUAUUGUAAGCACUGUUCUGUUGUUUUUGUGUUAGAUACAUGUAGAUCCAUUACUUUCGGCACUGUAUAUAUUAUUAUAUAUUGUUAGGAAAAUUAGCGAGGGUCCAUCAGUGAGGGCUGAUUUUUAGGGCUAUAUAUAUUACAACAAAUGAUUUGUAAGAAAUAAAAUAUAUCUGUUGGGCUGUUUGAGCCUGCAUCCACACAAAAAAUGCAUAUUUCUUUUUUUUCCACACACCCCUAUAAUUUCGUGUGGAGGUGGGGGGUGGGUGGUACCGCAAAAAGGGAAAAUCUCUGUAGAUUUUAGGACAUGUGACCAUUAUUACAACAUCAACAUAAAAUGAGAAAGAUUUGAAAAGUGGGGCAAUUUGUACCAUUUCCUUACUAAAUGCUGCAUUUGUAAUAAAUUAGCAGCAUUUUUACACAAGUGAUAUUUUAAUUGAUACAUUUAUCAUUGUUUUAAAAUGUAGCCGUUAACGUGGGUCUGAUCAGGAGCGAUAAUGAAGACAAACAUGUAAAACCCAAAGUUUACAUGCACGGGGUCUACACUGUUGGAGGGUUUUCACAAUGACGGUCCAGUUCUCACCUGUAGGAGCAACUCGAGACUGUUGUUGUAAACUGAUUAGAGGUAGAAAUCGGUUUCUCCCACAAAAUAAUUCGUAAUUCAUGCAGAUUAACAUCAUGGUUUCAAAAGUUAAAUGUAAAUUCCUGGAUAUGUGGGAGUUCAGGCGACACUUGAGUCGUAACGAGUCUCACUCGUUUAGUUAAAGAGUCAAAACCUUCAGCACUAAGUCGUUGUGCAGUUGUGCAGGGGAUUUUUAAAUGUAUAUAUAUAUUUCUGUACAGUAUCCUGGUGGGAUGAUA